ACCCACAAGUCGCUCAGGUGCAAUGAAGUCCGCUUUCCUUGCUGCUCUCGUCACUGUCCUUCCGGCGUACGUCGCUGGCCAGGCCCAGGAAUAUGAUCAGUGCGGUGGUACUGGCUGGGCUGGACCGACAUCUUGCGUCUCUGGCACGACCUGCACGGUCCUCAACCCGUACUACUCGCAGUGCUUGCCCGGUACCGCUGUCCCAUCUAGUGUCAGCAGCGUUUCUAGUAUCUCCUCCCACUCGAGCUCCGUUUCGUCUGCACCCUCCACUGGACCGACGGGCACACCUACUCCCACCGCAGGCAACCCCUGGACCGGCUAUGAGAUCUUCUUGAGCCCGUACUACGCCAGCGAGGUCCAGGCUGCUGUUGAGCAGAUCUCUGACUCGACGCUCGCCGCUCAGGCCGCCACCAUUGCUAAUAUCCCCACUUUCACAUGGCUGGACUCCACCUCCAAGAUCCCCGAUCUCGGCACUUACCUUGCCAAUGCCUCCGCUCUGGGCAAGAGCACUGGCACCAAGCAGCUCCUGCAAAUCGUUAUUUACGACCUGCCCGAUCGUGACUGCGCUGCCAAAGCCUCCAACGGAGAAUUCACUAUUGCCGAUAAUGGCCAGGCCAACUACGAAAACUACAUUGACCAAAUCGUUGCUCUGAUUAAGCAGUACCCUGACGUCCGCGUCGUCGCAGUCAUCGAGCCCGACUCAUUGGCCAACCUGGUCACGAACCUGAGCGUUCAGGAGUGCGCAGAGGCGCAGACAACCUACUUGGCUUGUGUCAACUACGCGCUCACAAACCUCGCCGGGGCUGGCGUGUACAUGUACAUCGAUGCUGGCCAUGCCGGCUGGCUCGGCUGGCCCGCCAACCUGUCGCCUGCCGCCCAGCUUUUCACGCAGGUCUGGACCAACGCCGGAAAGUCGCCAUUGAUCAAGGGCCUUGCAACUGACGUCGCGAACUACAACGCCCUCAAUGCGGCUUCCCCCGAUCCCAUCACCCAGGGUAACCCCAACUACGACGAGAUGCUCUACAUUAACGCCCUCGCCCCGGUGCUCCAGCAGCAGGGUUGGGAUGCGACUUUCAUCGUCGACCAGGCCCGUUCCGGUGUGCAGAACAUCCGCAACCAGUGGGGCGACUGGUGCAACAUCAAGGGGGCCGGCUUUGGUACCCGCCCGACCACCAACACCGGCUCGUCAUUCAUCGAUUCCAUCGUCUGGGUCAAGCCUGGAGGCGAGUGUGAUGGUACCUCCAACUCCUCUUCGCCCCGCUACGACUCGACCUGCUCUCUCUCGGAUGCCCUUCAGCCCGCUCCUGAGGCUGGCACCUGGUUCCAGGCCUACUUCGAGACUCUUGUCUCUGCGGCUAACCCACCAAUCUCGGCGUAGACUCGCAUGUGCAAAAUGUACGACCCUAGCGAUCUGUGCUUCAGUGUCGAUUUUUUCUAGCUGUGUCAUUAUAGUGUUGUGUUUUAUCCGCGUUCAGAAAGGCUUUUUUGCGAUAUUUUCGAUGCGCGAGUCGUGGGUGGUGUGAAUUGAGGCCGGGCCACCCCGUACGUAGCAAAGCACCGUCCCAGCGCCACACGGACUCUGAUCGGGCAGCUCUACAUCAUCACAUCCCACCAAGACGAGGAAAGCAUAGGGCCGAAGUGCAAGCGCAAGCAUGGCAAUCAUAUUACAAUUCACAGUAGAUACACACCAGACACGCAUCGAAGGUAGAUUUUGUAUGAUGCGAAUAAACACGAACAGGAGAAGGCAAGGGGAGUAAAUCGAAACGCUGGACUAAUGCUGGGCCCAGUUAAUGGUGUUAAUGUCGAUGCCCUCCUGGACCAUCUCCCAGAGGGGACUCAUAUCACGGAGCCGCUGUACGACAGCAACAAUCUUCUCUACUACGUAAUCAACCUCAGCCUCGGUCGUGAAGCGGCCCAUGCCGAAGCGCAGCGACGAGUGUGCCAUGUCCUCAGCAGCACCGAGGGCGCGGAGAACGUAUGAUGGUUCAAGCGAUGCCGAUGUACACGCACUGCCUGAUGACAAGGCAAUGUCCUUGAGAGCCAUCAACAAGCUCUCACCUUCUACAUAGGCAAAGCUCAAGUUUACACAGCCGGAGUAGCCGUUAAGGUCGCCAUUCCGAAUGACGUGCUCAACUUGCGCAUUGAUCUUGGUAACGAGUCGAUCUGAUAGAGCUUUGACGUGGGCGUGGUCUCUCGCCAUCUCCUGUUUCGCUAUUCGGGCAGCCUCGCCUAUGCCAACGCACAGGUGAGUCGCAAGGGUACCGCUACGCAGACCACGCUCCUGGCCACCACCAUUGAUGAUGGGUUCCAGGCGGACACGGGGCCGUCUGCGGACAUAGCAUGCACCAAUGCCCUUCGGACCGUAUAUUUUGUGUCCUGAAAUACUCAUCAAAUCGACGUUCAUCUCGUUGACAUCGAUUGGAAUUUUUCCAACAGCCUGUGCAGCAUCGGUAUGGAAAUAAAUUCCGCGGUGUUUGCGGAGGAGGGCGCCAAUUUCCUUGACCGGCUGAAUGACACCAGUCUCAUUGUUCACAGUCAUAAUGGAGACAAUGGACGUAUCAGGGCGAAUGGCGGCUUCGAGGUCCUCGAGGCGAAUGACGCCGUUCUGCUGCACUGGCAGGUAAGUGACGUCGAAGCCCUCCUCCUGGAGCUUACGGCACGAAUCCAACACACACUUGUGCUCGGUUUGUGUCGUAAUAACGUGCUUCUUCUUUUCUUUGUGGAAGCGGGCAACUCCCUUGAGGGCCAUGUUGUUUGACUCUGUCGCCCCAGAGGUGAAGAUGAUAUCCUUAGGAUCUGCUCCAAUGAGAUCCGCAAGGUGCUUGCGGGCGUCUUCGAUAGCCUUUUCGGACUCCCAUCCGUAGGCAUGAGUUCUACUAUGCGGAUUCCCAUAUUGGUCUGUCAAGAAAGGCAUCAUGGCGUCGAGUACGCGAGGGUCCACCGGUGUCGUGGCCUGCAUAUCGAGGUAGAUAGGACGUGCUUUGUCCUUGACAUCGCCUUCCCUCCGAGGUGACUCAAGCUUAAACCCAAGCAUGUCUGCCCGAGGCACGAAAAACGAAUCCUCCUGGUAAGUUUGCGGUACGUCAACAACGCUCGCUCUGUCUGCACCCGAGGGUUGGACAUAUGUCCGCCUCAGCGCUACGACGGCCACACGCCUCGCAGAGGACUUCAAGGCCGUGCGGCGGACUGCUGCGUUCGCUACCCUGGAGAGCAUGGUGAACGUGUGAGACAACGAGGGAAUGUGAAGAGUGAACCUGGCCGAAUGACUUAUCAGAUAGUCAAAGGCGCCAGCGA